GAACGAAGAAGCACUGCAUUGUGGGACACACGGCGCUUUCACAAUGAUCCAGCUCAAGACCCUCAUCAAUUGCAUCGACAACUCGGGCGCCGCCAUAGUCGAGUGCGUCAACGUCCUGCGCUCGAAGCGCCCUGCCAAAGUCGGCGACCGGAUAGUAGUGGUCGUCAAGAAGCAGCGCAACUUCGGCCCUGAGACGGGCAACAGCGUCUCCAUCAGCGCAGCGAACAAGGUGCGGCGCGGAGAUGUACGGCACGCAGUCGUCGUGCGGACGGCGAAGAAGUGGCAGCGACCGGACGGCAGCGUGGUCAAGUUCGACGACAACGCGUGCGUGCUCAUCAACAAGGCCGGCGAGCCCAUCGGAUCGCGAGUGAGCGGUGUGGUGGCGGCAGAGCUCAGGCAAAAACAGUGGUCCAAGAUUCUCUCGCUGGCCCCAAUGCACGUGUAGAGGGGAGCCAGGCCGGAGCAAAGAAAGAGAAGCAUUGCAUUUGCAGGAGUAUGGGGGUAUAGCUGUUGUACGAAAACACGUGUAUGCCAUUGUACAAUAUCGCUGGGUAUAAGAUACCAUUCCGGACACCGUUGGUAGAGCAAAAUAGAAAAACACUAAACUCCAUCCCAAUG